AUGGUCUCGGAAGAUCAGCAGAAGGUAGCUACUCGUAAGUUGACUCAAUGGAUAGAGAACGAUAAUAGGAUUGUCACAUAUAGAGAUAUAAGUAGGGAAGUGGGAUGUCAUGUGAAUACAGCCAAGAACUUGUUGUUAUCCCAUUACACUUCCAACCCUUCUCUCUCACCAACCUACCUUCUCACCGGUCCGUUACUAUCCACAUCGACCAUCAAUCAGACUCAAUUGCACUCCCUCACACAAGUUCAUGGAAGCUCCACACAGAGAGUGAGGAUAGUAGAUAUGGACGAGAUGUCAGAAGGCGAUCGAAAUUCAGAGGAUGAAGAUGAUGAUGAUGAGAAAGAGGUGGGGAAUGAUAAUGGAGCGGAAGAUGGUCUGGUAGGUGAUUUGAAAUUACCUGUUCCAGGGUCAGUGAAGGAUGAUGAGGAGAUAGGAGCGUUGGAGAGGGAAGAGGUCAAGAGGUGGGGGGUGGUAUUGGUUGGGAAAGAUGGAUUGGAAGAGAAGAAGAAAUUGUUUGAACAGGAUACAUUGAAUGUGCAUAUACAAUCGCUAGCACCUUCACCUAUCAAAGAUCCUGCACAAUACCUCAUACCGAACCUCACUCUCCGAGAACACAAGAACUAUCACAAUGCUCAGUUAUACGGUACCAUCUCUGGCGAGACUUUCAGACCUGCUGUACCAGCUGUAGCUGAGAAAAAAGCUAUGAAAGAUGGUGGGAUCGAUUGGAGCUCUAAGAAGGUUGUUGGGGGUAGUAAGAAAGAGGAGGUGAAGAAGGAGGAGGAGCCACAGAAAGAGGAGACGAAAAAGGUCGAUACCAAGAAACCCUCCUCAACCACUGCUACCAAGGAUACAUCGAGACCUGCUUCUGCUAAACCCACUCCUGCUCCCGCGUCCACACAAGGUAGUAUAUCCGGAAAGAAGAAACGAGUGAUCAACUCCGAUACAGAGGAAGAUGAACCCGCUCCUCCCCCCAAGGCGGCUGCCCCUGCUGCUGCUGGCGGAAGUAAAAAGAUGGACCCUACUUCAUCGAUGAUCCGAGCGGACGAUCAACGAGCGAUGGAAGCUAUGAUGUCGAUGGAUAUGGAUAUAGAUAUGGAAAUGUCCGAUAAUGAGGUGAAAGUCAAGGAAGAACCGGGUGCUGUCAUCGGUACGGAAAGUGGGAAAGUCAGGAAGACGAGAAGGGUUAAGAAGAGUAAGACGGUGGAGGAUAAGAAAGGCAGGAUGGUUACCAAAGACUACUCCACGGACGAAUCGUACACCGCAUCAGAGACUGACGAAGCAGCACCUUCAACGAAGACCAAGUCAAAACCUGCACCUGCGACAAAGCCUCAGAUCAUUAAGAGAGAGUCAACCUCGUCGAUAGGUAGUGGUACGACUAAAACACCCGCUAGUUCUGGGUCGCACCCGCCUGCCAAGAAAGCAACGGGAGGAGGGGCGGCGAAAGGUCAAAGUACGCUGAAAGGGUUCUUCACCAAGAAGUAG